CAAUCAAACAAUCACAGCAGAGAUCUUCAACUCAACUUACAAACAUUCUCAAUUACUAUCCCAAUCAUGCGUCUUACAACUAUUUCUCUGGCCCUUCAGUCCAUCGGACUCAUCAGUGCACGAGCGAUAACUCACCAUAACCUCCGUGUUGAAACUUUCAUCAACCAUGGCUCUUCUUUCGACAUGGUCUCCUCCCUGAUCAUCGGCUCUCAAGCCGCCGUCCUGAUCGACCUGCCCAUGGCGAUCGAAGGCGCAGAGGCACUAGCUGAUUGGGUUCGCAACACGACCGAUAAGCCACUUGUCGCUGCUUUCACCACUCACUUCCAUCCUGAUCACUACCUCAGUGGUGGUGCACUGUUGUCGCGAUUUCCGGAGGCGAAGUACUAUGCCAAUUCUAAGGCGGCGGCCGAGAUUAAGAAGGAAGCAGCUCACAAGAUCAAGCUGAUGAAGGGUGUUCUUGGUGAAAAGUCCAUCGUCAACAAGGUUCACCUUCCUACGCCAUACGACUUCUCAUUCUUCACCCUGCCCGGUGACGAAGCCACGCCGAUUCACUUCUUGAACCCUCUCACCGGCGACACCGUCGAUGAAACACUCUUCUGGAUCCCCUCCAUCAAGACCUUGAUAGCUGGCGACUCCGUGUACGGGCACGACAUGCAUCUCUGGCUCGCCGACUCUCUGACCAAGGCCCUCACGGAAUCCUGGCUUUCAACCCUCGAUUUAAUCGACUAUCUCAAGCCCAACGUCGUUAUUCCCGGGCACAGUCUGUCGAAUAAGAAGUUUGGUUGCUCAAUCGAUGUUGAUCAUACACGCACUUAUCUGAAGUAUUGGCAGAAGGAGAUUGAGGCAAAGGGUCUUGAUCACUUCACACCUCAGGUCAUCUUCGACAAGUUCAGCAAGCAGUUUCCCGGUUUGCUCAACUUGAAUUCUUCUACCUCGGCUUUCUUGCUGAACAGCACGGCUGAGCAGUUUGGUCGUGGUGGAACGCGACAGGUUCACUACAUCAAUCUCGCUGCUUAUACUGAUGUUGAGGCUCUUGACGGGUGGACUAUGUAA